CACCAGACGCGAAAGCUCUCUUCUCCCCCUGCUCGCGGUGCCCCCCUCCCUGUCCCCCGCUCUCCUAGGGUUCGCGUCGUAGGUUCGCUCGCGAUGGACCAGGGCGACGUCGCCGUGGCCGUGCCCCCCGCCGCUGCCUCCCCCUCCUGCGCCGGCGCCGGGUGCAAGAAGGGCAAGCGCUUCGAGGUCAAGAAGUGGAACGCCGUCGCGCUCUGGGCCUGGGACAUCGUGGUCGACAACUGCGCAAUCUGCCGCAACCACAUUAUGGACCUCUGCAUCGAGUGCCAGGCGAACCAGGCCAGCGCCACCAGCGAGGAGUGCACCGUCGCUUGGGGAGUUUGCAACCAUGCAUUCCACUUCCACUGCAUCAGCCGUUGGCUCAAGACCCGUCAAGUGUGCCCUCUAGACAACAGUGAGUGGGAGUUCCAGAAGUAUGGUCACUAGAUAGCCAUGGCCUGUUGGUGAAAUUACUUCAUGGUUCCUCGUACUUUAAUACUCCUAGUGAUAAGUCCUGGUUAAGAAUAUGCAAUGGGUGGUUAAUGUGACGGAAUCUUGAAUUUUGGUCUAAACCAUACGUGUGCUUGCCGCAGUAGGAACUCUUCGAGUAAAUCGUCCCUCGGUGCUGUCAAGAGAGAUCUUUAUUUUGCAGAAAUUAAGUGACUUUGGAGAGUAUCCUUGUCCUUGGUACUUUGCAUGUGAAAUUCCAGUGCUUGAAGUUGCCUAAGUA